AUGCGGGGAGCCUGGCCGCUGCUGCUGCUGCUGGGUCUCAGACUACAGCUGUCACUUAGCUUCAUCCCAGUGGAGGAGGAGAACCCAGCCUUCUGGAACCAAAAGGCAGCCGAGGCCCUGAGUGCUGCCAAGAAGCUGCAGCCCAUUCAGACAUCAGCCAAGAACCUCAUCAUCUUUUUGGGUGAUGGAAUGGGGGUGCCCACAGUGACAGCCACCAGGAUCCUAAAGGGACAGUUGGAAGGCCAACUAGGACCUGAGACACCCCUAGCCAUGGACCGCUUUCCAUACAUGGCUCUGUCCAAGACAUACAGUGUGGACAGACAGGUCCCAGACAGUGCAAGCACAGCCACAGCCUACCUGUGUGGAGUCAAGACCAACUACAAGACCAUCGGUGUGAGUGCAGCUGCCCGAUUCGACCAGUGCAACACCACAUUUGGCAACGAGGUCAUCUCAGUGAUGUAUCGUGCAAAGAAAGCAGGGAAAUCUGUGGGAGUGGUGACGACCACCAGGGUACAGCACGCCUCUCCAGCUGGCACCUAUGUUCACACUGUGAACCGGAACUGGUAUGGGGAUGCUGACAUGCCUGCCUCGGCUCUACAGGAGGGCUGCAAGGACAUUGCAACACAACUCAUCUCCAACAUGGACAUUAAUGUGAUCCUUGGUGGGGGCCGAAAAUACAUGUUUCCUGCGGGAACCCCAGACCCUGAGUAUCCAAAUGACGUCAACCAGACCGGCACCAGGCUGGACGGCCGGAACCUGGUGGAGGAGUGGCUGUCGGAGCGCCAGGGAUCCCAGUAUGUUUGGAACCGUGAAGAACUCAUUCAGAAGUCCCUGGAUCCAUCAGUGACAUACCUCAUGGGCCUCUUUGAACCUGUAGACACAAAAUUCGAGACACAACGAGACCCCUUGAUGGAUCCGUCUCUGAAGGACAUGACAGAGGCGGCCCUGAGGGUGCUGAGCAGGAAUCCCAAAGGCUUCUACCUCUUUGUGGAGGGGGGCCGAAUCGACCGUGGUCACCAUCUGGGCACAGCUUACCUGGCACUGACUGAGGCCGUCAUGUUCGACAUGGCCAUCGAGAAGGCCAGUCAGCUCACCAGUGAGAAAGACACGCUGACCAUCGUCACUGCUGACCACUCCCACGUCUUCUCCUUUGGUGGCUACACACUUCGGGGGACCUCCAUCUUCGGGCUGGCCCCGCUCAAAGCUCUGGAUGGCAAGUCCUAUACUUCCAUCCUGUAUGGCAAUGGCCCAGGCUACGUCGGUACAGGCGAAAGACCCAACGUCACCACUGCUGAAAGCUAUAACGCCUCGUACCGGCAGCAGGCGGCUGUGCCGGUGAAGUCGGAGACCCACGGCGGGGAGGACGUGGCGAUAUUCGCACGUGGCCCGCAGGCACACCUGCUGCACGGAGUGCAGGAGCAGAACUACAUCGCGCACGUCAUGGCCUUUGCAGGCUGCCUGGAGCCCUACACCGACUGCGGCCUGCCGCCCCCUGAGGAUGACAGCAGUGCAACCACCCCGGGCCAGACCACCACCCGCCAGACCACCACCCGCCAGACCACCACCCGCCAGACCACCAUCCCUGUCCGGGACAGCGCCGGUAGCCUAGGUCCAGCCACCACUCAGCUGACGCUGCUGGCUGGAUCCCUGCUGCUGCUACUGGGGGCUGCUGCAGAGUCUUAAACUCCAGUCCCUCCAGGCUCCACCCAUCAGGUCCCAGGCCCUCACCUGGUGCUUCCCUUACCCUGACCUCCCGCUAACUUCUCAUGGCCCCCUCCCACAUCCUUACCCAAUGCUCCCUGCGUUCUAGCUAUGGGCCUAGGACCCUCUGCUAGUGGCCUUAACCCCUAUCCCGGUCCCGAGUGGCCGCUUCCAGGGUACCUACCCAGGCAUUCACAAGGGGACAGACACCUCUGUGCUAGCAGCCAGCCUCAGACCCCACAGAGCUCCUCCUUCCGGAGGUACCAUGACAACGUGGUCCCGAUUCUCCUGGAGCAGUCUGGACUCUCCUUUCUGACCUCAGCCACCAGCUGCUAGCAAAGAAAAGGCUGCAACAGUCAUUUGUGGAGGACCAAACAUGCACCCAUCCAUUGGUGCACCACCAAACUCGGAGGUACCCAGCACAAGAAACAGGAAGAGGCUGGUUUCCACCAUUCCCAAACCCAUUC